CCCUCCGCGCGCUCAACGCCGCGAUGUUCGCCCUGAAGACGGCGGACGGCGGCGACCCGGCGGGGCACAGCGGCCGCGCGCAGCCUGUGUGGGGCCCCGUGGCGGAGGUGGCGGGGGGCCGGCCGUCGCGCGCAGCUGUCCUGGUGGCGCUCCCUCCACCGCACGUGGCCGUCGAGGAGCAGGACGACCCGGAGCAGGACGAGGAGUACACGAGCAGCAGCGAGGACGUCACCCACCCCGGCAGCCAGGACGACCGCGGCACGACCACGGUCACCGACGACGAGGAGGAGGAGGAGGACGAGGAGCCCCCGGACUCGGACACCUUCGAGGACGCCGACAACGACUUCACAUCACCGCGGCCGUCGGUGGCACCCCGGUACAUGUACCCGCACUUCAGCCCCAUCGUGAAGUGCGCCGCCGUGCCGCUCGUCCACCCAGACCAGCGGGCGAGCAAGAGGUCGCCGGUGAGGAGCCGCCAGGAAAAAUCACACGUCGCGCCGGCACGAAGGCCGUUCGUCACGAGAAUCGGGGCGGGAGACGUUGGGGACGGCGACGUAGAGGACGGCAAUGACGACUACGAGGACAGCGACGACGAGGCGCUCCCAGAGGACAUCGAGGUUCCCCGCCAGCGGCAGCUGGGCAGGUCGCAGUCGACUCACGCGGAGUCAGCGCACCCCGACCAUCCGACGCUAGGUUCACGGUCCGUCAAUGACCUACGCCAUCGAGAGGCAACGUUUACGGUGCGGUCCCCACGGACGCGGCGGCAGGACGGCGAUCACGCUGUGCUCCAGGAUCACGACGGCCAGCCCAUCAGCGUGCGCCGUGUCCGUAGUGCACUGCUCCAUCUGAAGAGCAUCAUCGGGCACCAGGGCGACGACGUCCAGGUAUCCGCCGCGGCGGCCGCGCCCCAAGGCUACGGCGGCACCCGGCUCGUCGACGACAGCGCAGCACGAAGACAGGAGCACGCCGAUUGGUUCAGGAUGAAGAGGAGGGAGGAGGAGGAGAGGCGGCGGGCGGCGCAGCGCGCAAAGGAUGAGCAGGAGCGCAGGGAGCGGGAGGAGCGCGAGCGGCUGCUGCAGAAGGAGAUCGACCAGGAGAUCAACUUCUGCACUUGGAGACAGAGAAAGGCAGAGCUUUUGGCGAAGGCGCGACAAGACGAGGAGGAAAGGCGGAUGAGGGAGGAGCGAGAGAGAGAGGAGAACGAGAAAAGGGAAGAGGCGCGCAAGGAAAGGGCGAGUUCGGCCUACGAGAAGUGGUUGCAGGAGAAGAAAAGGACUCUCAAAGAGAAGAUGAUGCGGGACGAGGAGGCCCGGCAGAAGCGGGAGCGAAGCGCGGAACGAAAGCGGGAGCUGGCCGCCGAGGCGUUCCAGAAGUGGCGCGAGAAACAGAGCUCCGCCAGCCAAGGUAAAGGGUUGUUCACAAGGACGGCCCAUCCUUCAAACCACCGCGAGCUUAAACAACUGCGGUGCCGCCGCUGCCGCAGUCAAAAGCUCCUGCAGUCUGCCGAGCGGCUGUCCCGCCCCGCGACCUGCCCCAAAGCCGAGGCCGCCAGGACACAGGCCCCGAGGCGACCUAACAGCGAGAGACGCCUGCGCUUCGCCGAUCCCCCGCCUGUGUCGCGCGAUAGAGCCGUGGCUCACAACGUGAGCUCCAUGUUCUGCCUGGUAGACAAGCGGAGGGACGCCCUGUACGAGUCGUACCGACGAGAUGGCUUUAAAACACACUGAAAUGGAAAAGGAACGCCUAAGUCAACAUCGCCACGCGCGGGUGUUCUGUGCAGACCUGAGCCGGUGUGCCGGUGCAGGCGAGGACGGAGCAAGAGCAACCGACGAUCUGCACGGGACCAAGAGAGCUAAACGACCAACGCUUA